AUGGAUCUCCUACCAUUGGGUGUCACACUCAAUGAGCUACCCUUCAGGCACUUUCUGAUGGGAGCUCAUAUAGGUAAGUUAUUGCAUCAGCCCUGCCACCACUUCAUCAUAGGAUUCAAGCAUUUCUGUGAACAGAGUACAAAUGGUUGUUUCAAAUUCAUUUCCAAACAUCUGUCCGAGCUUUGUCGGUGUUCAGAUUUUACAUCGAUCAACAACUCGUGUAGUAUUGAUUGCUCUGAAUGGAAAUGUAUUGAAAAAACUAGAACAAGGCUUAAAAGAGAAGCAAAACAUUCCUACUAUAAUCACUGUGAGGACUUGAAUGAAGAAGAAAACAGUGGGAAUGAUUACAAGUCUGAAGAAGUCAUUAUUUUAAAAGCAAAGGAAUUCUUAAUCAAUCAAAAUUUUAUCAUAGGUCGACAAGGGUAUGAUGCAAAUAUUGGAAAUUUAUAUGUUAAAACUAGUGAAUGGUCUAAGCUGUUUGAAGAAGUUGUUGAGCUUGAACAUUUCAUGAUGCACCUGCCACAGAAACCUAAUAUUGUGGUUCAUGUCACUUCUCACCAGAGGGCUUUCUUCCAACAACAGAUUGGAGUCUUGUGGUCUAUGCUGUCCUCUUAUCCAUGUGCAUCUCACCAGGUAUAUUUUAUUCAUAGCCCUGUUGUAACACAAGAUUCACAGACUGUUACAAUACAGGAUUACAGUAGAAGGAUACAUGAAGAGGUUGAAUCUGCUCUGAUCCAUAAGUAUGGAAAAAAUAUCUGUGGUGAUGAAUCGGGGAGCUAUUGUCUUGAAACCUUGACUGAAACCAAGAUGAUUUUUGAUAUUUUACGCACGGGUCAAAACCAAACAGUAAAACUUCAUCUCUCUAAAGACCACGAAAUACUAGCAGAGAAAGGAGGAUGUUUUGUUCAGUACAAUUGUGCUAGACUAGCUAUGUUAUUUCAACAUCAUCAGAAGGCUGUAGACAGUGAUCCUCUGUAUCUUAACAAAGCUGAUAAAAUCUUCCCUAAUUUCACAGUUGUUGUUUACAAAGUGGAGACAUAUUGGUAA